AAGUGAUGGGCCUGAGGUAAAGUACAUGAGACUCUCAACAGAUGUCCGCGGAAAUGGUCUGAACAUCCAGGACGAGUGGGAAGGGCGUUUCAUGAUACUUACUCCGAACCAAAUGACAAACUAAAAAGGGAUCUGUCUUUGUGUCCAAUCUCCCCUGGUAAGAAUGAAGGGGUUAUUGCUGAUAGAGCCACUGGUAGCCUUCUAUGCUUUCGCCAGUUUCCUGGUCUAUCCUCUGGUACCGCAGUAUGUCUACAGGAGGCUAUGGCAGGAUAUAACCAACACCACCUACCCUGUCUCUGACAACACAUCACGCUGCGAUCCCUCCAACACCAGCAGCCACCAUGAGGAGGUGCAGAAGGCGGCGUCUCUCUUCUCCCUCUACACCGAGCUCAUCUCCAUUAUCCCCUCUCUGGCCGUCACCUUCAUCCUCGUUGCCUACAGCGACCAGCGCGGACGCAAGAUCACCAUCAUCCUGCCUCUGAUUGGUUCUCUGUUCUACGCGCUGUCCUUCCUGGCAGUCUCCUUCUUCGAGCUUAACCUCUACCUCCUCAUCGUCUCGUCGUUCGUCAGCGCCCUGUUCGGGGGCUCGGGGACGUUCCUGGGUGGCUGUUUCUCCUACAUCGCUGACCUGUGUGAGGACGGACAGCAGAAGACCCUGCGUAUGGCCGGGAUAGACAUGGUGAUCGGCCUGCUGUCUGGAGUGGCCUCUCUCUCUACGGGAUACUUCCUCCGAGCAGCAGGCUUCAACUGGCCCUUCUUCACCUCUGCUCUGUUCCUGUGUUUCAACCUGCUCUACGCUGUCUUCAUCCUGGAGGAGACGCUCCAACGACCCCUGGACGCCCCCCUGGACGGCUCCCUGCGUCGCACCGCCAUGCAUCAGCUGGCCUACGGGGCCUACCAACUGUUUGCAGGGGCCAGCAGGAGGCGUAACGUCCUUCUGAUGCUUCUCCUGCUCCUCUUCGGCUCCUUCUCCUUCGCCAACAUGGGCGGGCACUCCAUGAUCACACUGUACGAGCUCAACCAGCCGCUGUGCUGGAGCGAGAUCCUAAUUGGCUACGGCUCUGCGCUGUCCAUGACGAUGUUCCUGACCAGCUUCGUGGGUGUGACGGUGUUCUCUCGCUGCGGCGUGCCCAACAUCGUCAUCAUUCUCAUAGGGAUACUGAGUGUCAUGGCGGGUAUGACCCUGGUGGCCUUCGCCAAGACCACGGUCAUGAUGUUCCUGGUCAGGCUUCCAAUGCUUCUGGCCAUCAUGCCAUUCCCCGUGCUGAGAUCCAUGAUGUCGAAGAUCGUGUCAAAGACCGAGCAGGGAGCGUUGUUUGGGUGCUUGGCAUGCCUGGACAGUGUGAACAACAGUGUGGCGAUAGCUGUGUUCAGUAGUCUCUACGCUGCCACGGUAACCUGGUACCCUGGAUUCUGCUUCCUGUUGUCUGCUGGACUCUGUGUCAUCCCCUUGGUCCUGCUAGUGAUUGUGGGGCUGCUGGGGGUGGAUGAAAGUAAGGAGGCAGAGGUCCUCAUCCCAGAAGAGGAAGGCCUGGCCGGAGACGAUGACCCUCUCCUCACCUGAGGCUGGGUGGCAGGUAGCGGUUGGGCCAGCAACCAAAAGGUCCUUGGUUCAAAUCAUCGAGCCGGCAAGGUGGAAAAAUCUGUCGAAUGUGUGUCCUUGAGGUUGCUCUGAAUAAGAGAGAGUCUGCUAAGUGAAUUUUUGUUUGUUGGGCGUCGGAAUCACAGGUGCGUCCACAGGUGCGUCGGAAUCACAGGUGCGUCGGAAUCACAGGUGUUGCUUUUGGUUUGAUUUCCCGUAGCCUCUUUUGUCAGCGUCAAUUUCUCUGUAAAGUAAAGACCGCGUUUUAAAACACACAGCCCAAUUCUUCUGAUCUCUCACGGUGGAAUAAUUAGUCGUUGUACAUGAUUCAAUUAUUCACGUUGUUGCAACAAAAAAAAUGGGAAAUAAGCUAAUUGAUUUUCCAAAAUGUUUUAAUAAGUAGCUAGAAGUCUCUGAAGUGAAAUGAAUAUUGAUAUCAAACAGAGCGACCGUAAUAGCAGACAGCGGUUAUCUACCUAAUUCACUGUAUAUCACACCAUGUCCCACUUACCUGUUUUUAUUACUGAUCUGCUUGUGUUGUCGUUACAUGACAAGGCUCAAACUGUCAAACUCAUUUAGCUGUUCCUUACACCAACAUGAUAGACUUGUAUGACGCUCAAGGAAAUGCACUUUCUGUCUGAACUGUGUCACGACUUGUUAGUUUCCCCAGUGAUCAAAACGGGUUGAAAAGAUGUCAUUUCAAUGGCAACUGGUUGGAAUUACAUUUUUGGGCUGACCCUAGACCAGUUUGGGCUCUUGCUGUCGUUGUCAUGAUGUCAGAAACAGAUCUACAAACAGAUCUAGGAUCAGGAUAAUAAACACUUUGUUGGUUGAUAUUUCAACUACACUGUUACAGUAGGUUACCUCCACUUAAUGAUUGAUUAACAACAACGAUCAAUAACUCAGAACUGAUCAUGUAAAAACCAGCAUAGGCAAAUGGAUGUGAAGGACAGUAUUGGGAAAUACUACUUUAGGGGAAAAUGUUUUAAAAAGUUGUAUGUGCUAUUAUUUUUACAAUAAUUUAUGACUGCCACAAAUGUUUGUGUAAUUGUGUAAAAUAAAAUUCAAAAAAUGUAUUGGU